UGAAUCGGAACCCAACAAUCGUUAUCGCUUCCUCGUACAUCUCCCAGCUUCUCCCCUCGCCGGCUUGCCGGGCUCGCCGCGGCCGCUGCCCAUACACAUCCCAGACGCCAUCCGCGCGGAGGGGAAGAGGACUCCACCCCUGAAACCGCCCCCAUGGCGUGGGGCGUGCACCCGCGGCCGCCGUCGUCUAAGGUGCAGGCCCUCUACGAGCUCUGCAAGCGCACCUUCCCUUCCUCUUCCCCCGCCGGCGCUUCGCCCUCUCCCCCGCCCGCCGACGCCGUCCGCAGCAUCUCCUCGCUCAUGGACACCAUCACUCCUGCGGAUGUUGGACUCAGAGAUGAUAGUGUUGAGGACGACAGAGGGCAUGGAUUUUUUGAGUCCAACUUCCUCAAGGGUUCAGCAAGGGUGGCUCGAUGGGCGCAGCCAAUCACCUACCUUCAUAUCUACGAAUGCGACGCUUUCUCUAUCGGAAUAUUCUGCUUACCAACUUCAGCUGUCAUCCCUCUUCAUGAUCAUCCAGGAAUGACUGUAUUGAGCAAAAUCCUUUAUGGUUCCAUGCAUGUGAAAUCAUAUGAUUGGAUAGAACCUACUGUCAUAGCAAGUACCCAGCCAGCAAGACUGGCCAAGUUACAUACUGAUGAUGUUCGGACUGCCCCGUGUCCAACGUCUGUUUUGUAUCCCCAAAGUGGUGGGAACAUGCACUGCUUCACUUCAGUGUCUUCAUGUGCUGUUCUUGAUGUCCUUGCUCCACCGUAUUCCGAAGAUGUUGGUCGCUUUUGCACAUAUUUUCAUGAUUAUCCAUUUUCUAGCCUCUCAGCAGCUGGAGACAUAAAGGUAGUUGGUAACCCAGAUAACUAUGCAUGGCUGGAGACCAUAAACACUCCAGUGAAUAUUUACAUGCGCACUGGCAUGUAUACCGGUCCAACAGUACAGGAACUUCAAACAUAAGAAAUCCAAGAUGAUUCGGAGCAUCAAGGAGCACCUGGUUGCCACUUCCCGCAGAUAGUACAGUUGUAAUGUAGCACUUGAAUGUCCUAGUUUUGUGCUUAGCUUUCCCCUUUGUUGGAUAAGCUGCUGUGCUUCGUUGAAGAGAUAAGUUUUCACAGUAAACUUCUCCUGGUCAGUUUAGUAGAGGGAUUCGGUUUCAGUGUCCAGAGCAUCUGAGCAGAGUUUGUAACUUACUCAUGUUGUGCAACGCUGGUAUGAUUUUCAAUGCAAAAUUUUGCUACUGGUGUUGCUACAUU